AUCUCACUCACGGGAAGGUGACUGGAUGUUAUGACAGCUCGGUACAUUUGUGUUAUGUUACCGCUGUUCAAAGGCAUUAAACUGACGUGAGCCAUAAAACAGCUAACAUCCUUCCGCCAGCCUUACCAGAUAGCCGGAGCGAACCUGCCGCGGGGAUCUCCCGAAGAUAGCGGCGAGACGACAUCGUGUAGUUGCCUGCCUUCUGGUGGCCAUGGUACACCAUGACGCGGAUGACAGGACUGCUGUUGUUCUGCACAUUGACAGUGUUGUCCUGCAGCCAGGCUGAGUUCAUCUCAGGAAAGGAAAUUACCAGCCUUGCCGAGACGGUGGAGGCGUGGCGAGACUGUGGGGAGCCUGAGCUGUACACCAAUCUCCUGGUCACGUGCACAAUAUCCUUCGUCACUGAUCUGUUGGAGGCUGGGAACGAGAGUAUAUGCUUGUGGCCAGUGUCAUCCAGCUCAGCUCUUUGGCCCUACAGUCGGCUUGUGGCGUGCACCCAUCAGGUUGGAUAUAUAACAAACUGUAGAGAAGCCAUCCUAGUCAACAGAUUUAUGCUGGGAAUACACAAAAGCUUCUACGCUGACUGUCCAGUGCCGCCUGUGGCACAGAGAGACGCGCCUACCUACGUUUCCGCCAUUUUCAUCACCAUCACUACGUCAUUGACCGUUGCUACUGCCGCUCUUCUGGCAUCUGGAUAUUUGCCCAAUCGAAGGUGACACCUAGCGGUAACGCGAGGAAAAGCAAUUUUACAAACGUAUAACUCUACUCGCCCCAGUUUAUAGUGCCGAGGGUAUGCCCAAGGCAUGUGUAUAUUUAUAUCAAGCUGUCGUUGACGUUAUGAAGUAUACUGACAAAUGAAGUACUUAAAAGAGGGCCGUAGACAACAUUCAAAUUUGCUCAGGUCCAACCGAUAGCUUCGUAUUUUUCAUCUUUACAAUUUUUGUCGCAAUGAACGAACAAUAUCUGUAUAUAUGAUAAUGAGAAACCAAUAUACGGUACAUUUUGGAGUAAAUGAGGUUGGUAUGUGUAUCUCUGUGAAAAUUCUAUGCUAGAAGCUGUCAUGAAUGAUUGAGAUACUUUGACAAUCAAAGUUGAAUACAGAGGUUUAGCUUUGUUAGAAGGCUUGAUAAGAUCUUCAUGAUAUUACAAUACCACUGGUGAAUUCUCAUUUGAUCCAAUUAGCCACCCACUGCCCUACUUAAGAAAUGUUUCCCACAUAUGUUACAUGUUUUGCUGAAAGCUCUAGAUUAAUGAUUAUAUUCAAUAUGUGAGCAGUUAUGAGAGUAAGUGUGUGUAUAGGUUGAUGCCUAUCUUGUAAACUGGCAUAUACGCCGUUGUAUAUGUGUGCAAUAUACUAUCCAUGGUUGUUGCAUGAAAUUGUUUUUUAACUAUACUUUUACACGUGAUAAUGGCUGCCACAAUGAUAUCACAUUAUUUCACCAGUACACAAUCUUUGUACUCUUACUUGUGAAAUAAUGUGAUAGAGGGGUGCUAUAACAAUUUGCACUAAUAGACACAACCCCAUUAUUUCACUAGUGAGAGCAAAGGUAGUGUGUAUUAGUGAAAAAAAUGUGAUAGACUCAAACAGCCCUCUAUCACAUUUUUUCACUAAUAAGAGUACAAAGGUUGUGUCUAUUAAUUAUUGAAAUAAUGUGAUAGAGGGGUGCUAUCACAUUAUUUUACUUGUAGGAGAAAAAAGAUUGUGUUAUUAGUGAAAUAAUGUGAUAGACCCCACCCCUCUAUCAAUAUUUCACCAGUAAAAGAUUCAAGAACCGGUCUAAAUUUGUAUACUAGAGAAAAAAAUGUUAGCACCCUUCUAUUACAUUAAUUCACUAGUAUACAUACAAUUAUUGAAAUACCCGUUCGAAAACAACUUAUCACAACUUUUCCAACUAUCACGUUUUCUGUCCUAAAAUACAGUAAAUAUUCAGGGCUAAAUAAAUGUGUUAGAUAUUCAAGUCUGAAAUUGGUGUUCUACCUUCAAGCAUCGAAUACA